AGAUCCUGCUUUGUCUGCCAUUUCCGUUCACAAGAAAUUUCCGGUCAAAUAAACGACUUGUUCUGUGUUUUUCUUCAAUAAGUGAAUGAGGACACAACUGUUUCUUUAAUAAAACAUUGGUUAAUAUGGAGAAUGGGGAUGACACAAUAACAGUUACCAUGACUGAAGAGGGUUAUCUGUCUAUGACAACAUCCCAGACAGAUGAUCAGGAGAUAACUGAUGAGCCAGCUGUAAAAAGAAUUCGAUUGGACACUGACGGUGACACAACACAGGAGCUAACCACACAAGAGAUUGCACAAGAUGUUCAAGUACAAGAAGUUCACAUUGCACAAGACUUUGCAAGUGAAAUUUCAGAGUCAAGUGAACAAGUGGUUGCUUCUGAAGGCAUUGUAUAUGAGGAAGAGAGCAAUUCUCAACAGGCAGCUCCAUCAUAUCAAAAUUUGAUCAUACAGCACAUGGACAUAGCAGAGCCUCUGUCAACCCUCAAACAGCUGUUAGAGUUAAGGUUACAGUGCACACUUAGUGACCAUCAGUUCUAUCUCCAGGACACAAUAGAGCUGGACACCAGCAAGAGUCUGGUAGAUCAGUGUGUACAAGGGGAGGGGAUGGUACAGAUCAACCUGGAAGUCAAAUCUCAGCCAGGUGUUAAACCAAAAAUAAAUAUUGUUGACAUUUUAAAGCCUGCAGAUGAAGUGGAAGCUCAACAGAUUGAACAAGAGGUAGCUCCUGCACCGCCACCUGCACAGACAACACAAGUUAAAUCAUCUCAACAAAAAGUGGUUAUCCCCCUUCCUGAGGAGUCAGAAAAUGUCACCAGGUGGAUUGUUGAUCAGCAUUUUAGAAGAGAACAAGAUCGACUCAAAAUACCAUUUGACCCUGUGCAGUGGAGUGAAAUUCAUGUAAAACAUUGGAUAGACUGGGCCAUAAAGGAGUUCAAGCUAGUGGGUGUAAAUCCAGACAGUUUCCGAAUAACUGGGAAACAACUAUGUGAACUGACACAUCCAGAGUUUGUCAAACUCAUUCCUAGUGAUAAGGGGGACAUUUUCUGGACACACCUCGAACUCUUAAGGAAAUGCAAAUUUGUUGCUGUUAUGCAGACACCAACACCUCAUGCUAUCACUACAAUCACUGUUUCAACAUCAGGACAAGAUGGAAGGGUGAAGCAGUAUCGUCAGAAUCGUCCUCGAUCUCCUAGAAUAACGGGGGAUGAAAGGUUGUCUCCAGGAAAUCGAACGGGAAACAAUGGCCAGAUUCAGCUGUGGCAGUUUUUGCUGGACUUGUUAACAGAUAAAGACUGUAGAGAAGUGAUACAGUGGAUCGGGGAUGAAGGCGAAUUUAAACUGAACAAUCCUGAAAUGGUGGCUCAAAUGUGGGGCCAAAGGAAAAACAAACCUACAAUGAACUAUGAAAAACUCAGCAGGGCACUGAGAUACUACUAUGAUGGAGAUAUGAUCGCAAAGGUGCAUGGAAAAAGAUUUGUGUACAAAUUUGUGUGUGACUUGAAAAUGUUAUUAGGAUACUCAGCGGGUGAGCUUAACAGACUCGUUACUCUGUGUGCAGAGAGAAAACUUCAGAGAGUGCGAGAAUCACUGCGUCCUGGGGUCACAAAGAGGUUAGAUCAUCAUAAGCCGACCAUCCUUACAACGACACAAGUGGUACAAACAAUGGAAUAGACUUUGCCAUUCAAGUCCUCUGUGAUUCCUUGUUUUUCUCCGUCAGGGUUGACAAACUAUAUAUAUAUGCAACCUAAUCAAAUCAUAUGUUGAAUUUUAAAAGUUUAAGUAUUUUUCAGUUGUGCACAAGUACCAAAUACAUUUUUUUUAACAUAUGGAAAGUGCCUACCCUCUGCUUUAUUCAUUUAAGUUUCUCUUUUUGUAUACUUUAAUUUGUAUGAGCACAUUCAUUGCAUAUUUUCUUCUUAUUUUAGGCUAAAUAAAAUUGUUAUUAUGGUUUUCAGGCCAAUGUUCUUAAAAACAGAUGGCGGGAAGCAUUUCUUUUUUUUUAUUGGCCAUAAUUUAGAUGCGGGAGGCAUUUUUUAUUUAAGAAAUUUCAAUAAAAUCCUUCCUUCAUAUUUAUACUGGAGUUAUUCUGUAGAUAUAUAUAACCUUUUACAAAAUUACCAAAUAUAUUCAAAGUGUCUUUUUCAAAUGUCUUUCAAUAUCCAUUAUUAUAUGAAUUGGCUAACAGAAACAAACAUUUUGGUCACGCAAUACUACAAGAAAAUGAGGGCAGAAUCUUUUUUUCUGGACUGGUAUCCACAUUACCAACUUUUUGUUGUAUGGAAAAUAUGACAAAAAUUGCAAUGUGGCUAUUUCAAAAUGGAUGUGCACAGGUCUGAGAACCAUAAUUUCAUGUAGCCUUAACAAUUUACAGACAUUUUCAAAUAUCUUUUGAUAUGAUGGAUAUAUCUGUAAAAAGUGGAAAAUACAAGAGGACAUUUUGUUUUAUCCUGAUGCUUUGCAUUGAAUAAUUUCAGACUUACUUGCUCAACAUGACUAAGUUAUGUUUGUCUUUUUAACUUGUUAAAUAGUGCAUUUUAUUGUACAUAUUCAUUUUAUGAUAACAUCUAUAUUUUCUUUGGUUCUACAUAUGUACAUCCUACUGUCAUUGUGGUAUACAAUAUUUAUGAUUUAUACACUACAUGUAUGGAUCUGUGUGGGGUACAGAGGCUGUUCUGUGUGUGUCAGUCUAUUGUCUGUGAUGUAUCAUCACAUUCAGUAUUUAUACUCUUGAUUGACCUAAGUCUAGGUUUCAUUCAGUGCCCACUGAUUUAUCUUGUCAAAUGAUUCCCAUCAUUCCAAUUUUUUACUGUGAUUAUGCCAUUGUCCAUAACUACAGAUCAUGCUUUUUUGUGAACAUUCUGAUGCGUUAAAUUCAGCAUUUUAUACAUCAUAAUAAGCAUAUGAAUAACAAGGAAAAAGAUGGUGCUGCACUGCAUUUUAUUUUUUGACCACCUUUAACUUAUGAUGUAUUAUGAUUUAAAUUUAAAACAAGUACCAAUUGAUUAUUUAAAUUAUUGAAGAAAUAAUUUUUUUUUUGAAAUGUUCUUUCGCUUUUUUUUAAAUUUUCUUUUGCAGAAAAUCUUUGAUUUGUAAAUCUACCUCAAGUUCUUAUUUUUAGGGUGAAACACUUAAGUUAUUACAGAAUAUUGAAAAUAUUUUUUUUUUCAUUGUGAAGUAUUUAUGUCCAUCGAGUGGUUAAUAAUAUCAAACUAAAUGUUUUAUUUUAUGUUUUAUUUUUGGUUAAAGACCUGAAUCAUUCAACUUACACGUGUUUCAUCUGAAAGUUAAAUUUUAUCAUAAGCUUUGUCUGGUUCUUGGGAUAAUUUUUAUUUUUUAAUGCCAUGACACCCAAUAUCAAUAGUUAUUAAGGAAGUUUAGGGCUUACUAGAUAUCUCUGUUAACAAAUAUGUCCUAUUGUGACAAAGUAUUCAACUAGGUUAUAAUUAUAUUCAGUUUCAUAUACUGAAAACCUUUGAAAAUUUCUAGUCAAUUUUCCCGUAAAGAAUUUUUGAAUUCUUUUUUUUUUUUUCCCCAAUUGAUUUUCCUGUUGGCUGGUAUGGUAGUUACAUCCUAGAUUAACAUUAAAAUUAUGAAAAGUAUAUAAUAAUGGGCAAUCACAGUCAUUUAAAUUAAAAUGUUCAGUAUUUGGUAUAUGUGUGUGUCAAAGGGAGAAGAUUAAAGAUAUCCUUUCCCCAAUAAAGUUAUGUAUGUAAAUAGUAUAUUUAUGUACAAAGAAUCAACAAUGUAUUCUCUGUAAUGUGAAUUAGUACUUUUUACACUUUGCAGUUGUAAAUAGAAACCUUAGAAAAAAAAAAACAAUAAAGAAAACGGUAAUAUCAGUAA